AUGACUACCGAGACCAUUGACGUUGAUAAGGCAGCCCGCCUGGACCCGGAGAAGCCCUCGAAUUUACUUGUUACAAACAAGUUGGUGGGCUUGGAGGAUCCAGAUGAGGGCCUUAGUGAUGAUGAAAAGGCUGCGAUUGAUCGGAGGCUUCUCUGGAAGCUUGAUCUUCACUUGAUUCCAUGGUUAACUUCUUUCCUCGAUCGCACGAACAUCGGCAAUGCCAAGAUCGAUGGCCUGAGCAAAGAUUUGGGCAUGACACCGAACCAGUACAAUGCAACUCUGACCAUUUUCUUCGUGUCAUACUCUGUCUUUGAACCCCUCACCAAUGUCCUCUUGAAACGCCUCCGACCGAGCAUAUUCAUUCCUUCCAUCAUGAUUGCCUGGGGUAUAUGCAUGACUCUAAUGGGUACCGUGCACAACUAUGCCGGACUAAUGGCAGUGCGAUGGUUCCUCGGUCUCAGCGAAGCUGGAUUAUUCCCGGGUAUAGGUUACUUUCUUUCAUGCUGGUAUCGUCGCGAAGAGUUUGGUGUGCGGAUGGCAAUCUUCUUUUCGGCCGCUGCUCUCGCCGGAUCCUUCGGUGGACUCUUGGCAGCCGCAAUCGCCCUAAUGGAUGGAGUGGGAGGCAAGGCCGGUUGGGCGUGGAUCUUUAUCCUAGAAGGACUGGCGACUGUCGUUAUCGGCAUGGCCUCCUUCUGGUUUGUGCAUGAUUUCCCAGACCAGGCCCGAUUCUUGUCUGAAGCGGAUCGAGCCCGGACGCUCCGUCGACUCGCCCUGGAUGCGCAGUCGAGCGCCGAACAUGAGGAGUUUAAGAUGACCUACUUUUGGGCCAGUGUUACGGAUUGGAAGACCUGGACGGGUGCGAUGGUGUACAUGGGAGCAGAUGGAGCGCUGUAUGCCUUUUCACUUUUUGUACCCACGAUCAUCAGCGAAUUGGUAUGUUCUACUGCACAUGCUAAACUGACUUCGUCUACAGGCUACAGUUCGAUCCGUGCACAAUUACUGAGUGUGCCUCCCUAUGCUGCUGCCGCCAUUCUGACCAUUACAGUCGGUUUUAUUGCCGACCGUACGCGUCAGCGAGGACUGUGCAACAUAGCCACCUCAAUCUUAGGCAUGACGGGAUUUUCUAUGCUAUUAGGAUGCAAGUCUGCUGGCGCACGCUACGCAGGCACUUUCCUUGGGGCGAUGGGCAUCUACCCUGCCAUCGCCAACACGAUCUCGUGGUCGAGUAACAAUAUUGAAGGUGUGUACAAGCGUGGCGUAUCCCUGGGCUUCAUCAUCGGUUGGGGUAAUUUGAACGGCAUUGUCUCCUCCAACAUCUAUCGUCAGAAAGAUUCGCCCCGAUACUAUCCCGGACAUGGUACAGUGCUCGGCUACCUAGUUGUGUUUCUGUUUGGGGGCUCCAUCAUACAAUACUUCUUGCUCCGCCGGGAGAACGCUAAGCGUCGGCGGGGUGAGCGAGACCACUGGAUCGAGGGCCUUGAUCAGAAUCAGAUCGAGCUGCUGGGAGAUAAGCGGCCUGAUUUCAUCUAUACUUUGUGA